AUGGAAGUGGCACUAGGAUCUUGUGUGGAUAUUGAGGCAUGGAAUGGUUUAAAGGUAAUUUUCCCUGAUGACGGGAAUGGGAGUAGAAUUUUGUUUACUACUCGGAGCCAUGCUGUUGCUUUGGAAGCUAAAAGCCUUACUUAUGCUCUUCGUCUGCUCUCCGAUGAAGAGAGCUAUGAAUUGCUCUCAAUGAAGCUCUUUAAUGGAGAUCCUUGUCCUAAGGAAUUGUCCAGUAUCUCAUGCCGUAUAGCCAGCUGUUGCAAAGGGCUGCCACUUGCAUUGGUUCUGAUAGCUGGUACUCUGAAAAGGACAAAGAGAAAAAAGGAUUCUGGGAAACAUGUCGCUAAGACGUUAUUCAGGUCAUUAAGCAUACAGGAACAAAUCCUGGAAAUUCUUGAAGUUAGCUACAAGCGCUUGCCAGAUCACUUGAAGCCAUGCUUCUGUUAUUUAGGAACUUUUCCAGAGGGCACAACAAUUUCAGUGUCAAAACUGAUGCGGUUAUGGAAUUCCGAAGGAUUUGUGCAGCAGUCAAAUUGGGGCCGCAAGAACUUAAAGCAAGAGGCAGAGAGUUACCUGAAUGAGUUAAUUGAUAGAACAAAACUUGGGAAAAGACGAUCUAUGACAGGAGAAGACAUUUCUCAUGGAAUUGCAAAUCUUUUGGGUAGUUUCCGACUGCAUGGUUUGAAUUUUUUGCACAUCUCUACGAACAUCUCUUCAUUGCUGUACUUUCAUAAACCUGGUGGAACUGAACUAGUGAGUUCAGGGUCUCUGCCUCCUCAAUGCUUGGGAAAUGUUCGAGUCCAAAGUAGCGCCGACACAUCUAAUCUUGUCAAGAUAGCCAAGCAGGUUCACUUAAAAUACUUGGCUGUCCGGAUUCGUACAAAUAAUAUUCCCUCUGAUAUCGGCAACCUCCGAAACUUGGAAACUUUUCUUAUCAGUGGUGCAAUUGGUAACGUCAUAUUACCAGAGACUAUUUGGAAAUCGGCAAUGAAGAGGGAGCUUAUACUGGAUCAUUCUUUCUUCAGUUGCGAAUAUUACAGUCAAGAGUUUCUUGAAAACUGUUCUGACCUGAAUAAUCUGAAAUCCAUUUCCACCAUUUCUAUACAACAUGGAAGUGCUGAGAAGUUCUUGAGGAGGCUACCCAACAUCGAGAAAUUAGGAUGCAUAUUUUCAAGAAAAUGGAAGGAUUACUUUAAAGCUUGCAAUCCGUUUCGGAUACUAGAGCUUUUGUGUGAACUUCAAUCGCUCAAGAUGUCGUUCCAUGCUUGGGCGCCCUGUCCCCUUAUCUUUAGCCUCCCUUCAAAGCUGAAAAAGUUGACAAUGUCGAAUGCUCGCCUACCGUGGCAUGAAAUUUCAGUGAUUGGCCAGUUACCAAAUCUUGAGGUUCUAAAAUCACACGACAAGGCAUUCGAAGGGGAGCAAUGGGACAUGAGAGAAGGCAAAUUCCAGAAACUGAAGUUCUUGAAACUAGAAUCUCUGGAUAUUGUACAGUGGAAUGCAACUAGCGAGCACCUCCCCUUCCUUGAGCAACUUGUAGUGCUAAGCUGUGGGCAACUUGAAGAGAUUUAG